AAAUAUGGAAAAUUUGGAAUUAUGAAGUAUAGAAUCUCCUUGAGGUGUAUUCCACCAUAUGUGCUUGCCUAAUUAUUUAGCAAUAAGGUUUCAUGUACCUUAGUAGAUCUGUUAGGAAUAGAUAAUCGUUUCAUGCUUAGACAGAGACACAGAGUUGUUGGAUAAACAAUCGUCAGGGAAUCCACCACAAAGAUGUUGAAUUGGUCUGUGACUUACUCUGAUCUUUCUUCCUUGUAGAUGGAACCCGCAUUCUGGAGCCUUUGGGUCUUAAAGAUCAUUUAAGAUCAGGAUCUUGUACUCCAAACCUGUAGCAAAUCCUGAUACCCCUAUGACUGAAGAGGGUAAUGACAGUUGCAGGAUAUCUAAUUCUGAUGAAAGAAGAGGAAAGAAUUAUUCAAGUUUGGAUGGAAAAAGAACCGUUGUACUUUCUGAUCUCCAAGCUCUUAAAUGUGAUAAUGGGGAAACAACCCUUGAAAACCAGCCGUUUGGUCAAAAAGUAAGUGCUGAAUUCACUGAAGGAGGUCAUCAUGAAGUGUUACAGGAUUUACAACAAACAUCAUCAAGGUUGGAUGCUGAGGAGACUUGGGCCAGAAGUUUGACCCCUCCUGCUGAUUCUAGAGGUGGAAACAAACGACCAGCAGAUAGAUGUGAAUUUUAUUCUAGAGGUUCAAAAUAUACCACCGAGAGACCAGCAUCGUAUUGUUUCUCUGAUUUUGCAUCAUCUGAAGUUCAAUGUGGAGGAUAUCAAAGGUUGAACAGUGAAAAUGAUUUGCAUAUGCAUAAAGAUGAGGAUUGGUCAAGCAUGCCGUUUAGAGACAUUGGAAGAGAAACUUUUGGAUAUAAAUCAUACUUGGCUAGUUAUGGCAGCUCGUCACCACCAUUACUCAAAGAUAAUUCUCUUAAUAAAGAUAACUAUUGUAGUGGAAUGCAUCCAAGUAGCUCAGUACUGCCAUCUUACAAGUAUCUGAACACCGAAGGUCCCUCUUAUGCCUCAGCUUUGGAUGGCACAAGUUAUAAGAGGACCCACCUUAUGCCCGAUUAUCAUCAUUUGCCAUUCUUGAAUCGCUCUGUGGAUAGGUGGCCUUCUUAUCUCACUUCUUACUCUUCAAACCUAGACCCUGUUGGUGAUCAGAAGCUUUUAGACCGUAGCCGAGACUGUAUAACUAGGUCAAUGUCUCUGCAUAACAAGUCUUCAGCACUUCCUGGUUGUGGAACUGAAUCUUUUUCUUGGACUGAUUUAUCAGGGGACACGGAACACUCAUGUGGUUAUAAGACCAAGGUGAAUUUUAAUGACUGGGAAACUUCUGCGCCUUUUCGUCCAUCAACCUUUCUUAGUCAAAUUAUUCCCCCUCCAGAAAGUCUUUAUGAUCCGAUUCGUGACAGCAUUGAGCAAACCAGCACCGCCGAGAAAGAUUUGUCUGCUAAUGAAAGAAAAACAGCUGAUAGAGCUAUAGCCCAUCAAGAGAACAUGAAUACCUCUUCAAAAGAAGAAAAGCACUCAAGAUCAGUUAAUCCCAGAGGCCAAAAGAGGAAACAAUCAAAAUUAGAGAAGCUCGGGACCCAGCUGUGA